AUGGCCAUCAAAAUCAUUCAUGGUUCCACUACAUAUGGUCCUAUUCGCAGUCCGUCGACUAUAAGAUUUAUAUGUACAGCCCUGAAGAUUCCCUUUCGGGCAAGCCCAAGUUUGCGCGGGAUUUCGGAUCCCACUAAAGCCUACUCCGCCCAGGAACCGGAUGCUAGCGUGGUUGCCGGGUUGUACGAGCUAACAAGCAAAAGCGACGUGGUUUGGGACGACUCCAUAGAUGCGGAAGGUAUGGCAAAGGACUGCAAGCCUACUGCUGACAAACAAGGAGGAAACACCUUUCCCAGACCGAAGCUUGAAGCUCCAACACCUACGUUCGAUGUUUCAGCUGUAAUGGAAAAAAAGGAACCGAACACAGACCUUGAUGUCGGAAUUGAAGCUCUGUUGUUUGUCGUUUCAAGCAUCCCUGCACGUUAUUUCAAGUAUAACAAGAUACUAGCAGCAAAAAUGGACCAGGCGCUGGCGGAGGUGGACAUCUUGCAGCAAUCGCUGAACGAUCUUUAUGGUGACACCAAGAAGGCCCGGUGUGAGUCCAGCACUACAAACAUCCCGCUUGAGACAAUGCGCACGUUCAUCCAGUACCGGAUAGCGACCAUCUUAUCCGAUGUUUGGUCUUCCGUUUGGCACAAAUUCGGUCCGAAGUAUCGAAAGUAUCAUGUAACAGAUGUAACAACCUCUGCAGCGCUGGAAAGAGCCGAACACUGUCUAAAUCGCCUUCAUGUAUGGCGCCGCACAAUGGACGCACAAACUUGGAAUCAGAUGAAAAACAGCUCAACCAUGGGUCACUUAAUCAACGUCGCUAAGCUUUGGCGACGAGGAAAAUACAACCCGCCUGUUGUUGAGAUAGAUAUGGCAAACGUGUUCGGCGAAACCUCCUGGAGAUAUCUUACCCGUCCUGCUCACAGCCCAAGAGUUCCCUCGAACGAGUGCACUCAAAUGGUAGACUCAUUAUCCGCUUUACGAGCAGUACGUCUGUUGUUUAUUGAUGCCAUGAUCUGGAGCGAUCGUCACGGCUUGCCGAGAUACCAGAAGGCGUAA